AUAUACGCGUGCACACACAAACACACACACACGCUUGCUGUAAUUUGCCUUGGCAGAUGAGACACUGAUCUGACACUGAAAGCAGUCCGAUGACAGCGCGUGGGCAGCGGAGCACAGACAUGUACACACACUCUCUCUCUCACACACACACACACACACACACAGUCAGGACAGCUCAUGCAGGCUGGUGGGACUUGGUGUGAUCACAGUGACGUCUCCUGCUCUCUUAAGCAGAGUGGUGCACCAUUAACCUCCCCAUCAUUUUGACUGAAUUUGACUGAAUGUGUGUGUGUGUGUGUGUGUACACGUUCUCGAUAUGUGUGAGUGCCUUUUUAAACUUUUCUCAGCCUUAAAUCAGAGUUUAAGCAGCAGCAGCCAUUAUCCUAAGAGUGUGUGUGUGUGUGUGUGUGUGUGCGCUCUCGUCGACAAUCAAACAGGUUCUUCAAGUUCUAUUUAUAGCCUCAAGGAAAUAGACCUGUUCUCACAGGAACACACAGACAUUACACCACUCCUCUCAGGUGUGUGUGUGUGUGUCAUGUAAGGGAGGGGAUGAGCUCAUUUGUAAGCUCCGCCUUAUUUCCAGAUUGUGUGUGUGUGUGUUUAUGAAAGAGAGAGAGAAAGAGAGAGAGAGAGAGUCAGACAUAUGUAAAAGAGGUGUGUCUUACAGCACACCUGAGGGGGCGUGGCUUAUUCACAGGAGAAGUGUGAGAGGGAGGAAGUAGGAUUGUAUUGUUUGAGGAACUGCUCGGUCUGGAGGGAGAGUUACAGCUGAGGUGCUGUGAGUGAGGGAGCGAUUGUAAAGUUAAGAAGAAAAGACAGCAGGAGUUUUUAAAGUAGCAGAAGAAGAAAAGAUGGGAAGAAGCCAGUCUGAAUAGCACCAGAAGAAGAAGAGAAGAAGAGCAACUUCCCCUCCAUCUUCCUGAUCCAGCCUUCUAGCAGCACUAGCUGGGAGACAGACGACUGAUUUAGCGCAGUAUUCUCGAAGGAUUUGGUCGUCUAGUACAGGAAGUGAGGUCAUCAGCGUGUGCCCGCCAAUGCUGGGGUUGUGUCAGAGCAGCGGGUGCUGCAUGGCGCCCCUGUUGUUCCGCUGUGACGGAGGAGGGCAGGGGGACGACAGGCAGCUCAGCCACGAGGACCAUCUGGACUCCAGUCACAUUGGAAAGUCGCAGGAGAGUCGGCUGGUGGAAGAGAAAAGUGUGAAGGAGGGAAUCCUGUUAAAGCAGACCAGCUCCUUCCAGAGAUGGAAGAGGAGGUACUUCAAACUCAGAGGGAGGACCCUCUACUAUGCCAAAGACUGCAAGUCUCUGAUUUUUGAUGAAGUGGACCUAUCAGACGCCAGUGUGGCCGAGACCAGCACCAAGAACAUCAACAACAGCUUCACGGUGAUCACUCCAUUUCGCAAACUAAUGCUGUGUGCCGAGAGCAGGAAGGAAAUGGAGGACUGGAUCAGCGCUCUCAAAUCCGUCCAAAAAUGGGAAACCUAUGAGGCCAGCCAGUUCAACAUGGAGCAUUUCUCCGGGAUGCACAACUGGUACGCCUGCUCGCACGCCAGACCGACCUUCUGCAACGUCUGCAGAGAGGCUCUGCCAGGCGUCACCUCCCACGGCCUGUCCUGUGAAGUUUGUAAGUUCAAGGCUCAUAAGCGCUGUGCAGUUCGCUCCACCAACAACUGCAAAUGGACCACACUGGCCUCCAUAGGAAUUGACAUCAUUGAGGAUGAGGAAGGGGUGUCGAUGCCACACCAGUGGCUGGAGGGAAACCUGCCGGUCAGUGCCAAGUGUGUGAUGUGUGACAAGAACUGUGGCAGCGUGCGACGGCUGCAGGACUGGCGCUGCCUCUGGUGCAAAGCCAUCGUCCACAGUAGCUGUAAAGAACAAAUGGGGAAGGUGUGUCCCUUGGGUCAAUGUCGAGUGUCAAUCAUCCCUCCCACGGCACUUAACAGCAUUGACUCAGAUGGCUUUUGGAAGGCCGCCUCGGCGUCAUGCUCCAGCCCCCUCCUUGUCUUGGUGAACUCCAAAAGCGGAGACAACCAGGGGGUCAAGUUCCUCCGCAAGUUCAAGCAGCUCCUCAACCCAGCUCAAGUCUUUGACCUGAUGAACGGAGGACCAGAGCUCGGCCUCCGCCUUUUCCAGAAGUUUGCGACGUUUCGUAUCCUGGUGUGCGGAGGAGAUGGCAGCGUGGGCUGGGUGCUCUCGGAGCUGGAUAAACUCAACCUCCAUAAACAGUGCCAGCUCGGCGUGCUGCCUCUGGGCACAGGCAACGACCUGGCUCGUGUCCUGGGCUGGGGAGGCCUCUGCGACGACGACGCUCAGCUGCUGCAGAUCCUGGAGAAACUGGAGAGAGCCACCACCAAAAUGUUGGACCGAUGGAGCGUGAUGACAUAUGAGGUGCCCAACACCAAUAAACACACACCGAUCGUGAAGGAAGACGACAGCCUGGAUUCUCCCCUGCAGGUCCACAUCACUCAGUAUGCAGACUCCGUGGCCUCCCACCUCGCCAAGAUCCUGGACUCGGACAGACACAGCGACGUCAUUUCCUCUGCCAAGUUCCUGUGUGGGACGGUGAACGAUUUCGUGGCGGAGGUGGGGAAGGCGUACGAGAGAGCCACAGAGAACAAGGAGGAGGCAGAUGCGAUGGCAAAGAAGUGUGCAUUGCUGAACGAGAAGCUCGAUUCCCUCGUCAAGGCUUUGAGCGAGGAGGCGGAAGCCCAGGUGGUGCCAGCAGGUUCAGUGCCGAGCCAGGAGAGCGGCGGCUCCAGCCCCGGAGAAAGUGGCGGCGAGUCUGGUUCAGAGGGCAAAACGUACCGGUCCAAGGAGCAGCUGAUGCUCAGGGCCAACAGCCUGAAGAAAGCCCUGAGGCAGAUCAUCGAGCAGGCUGAGAAAGCUCACCGACCGUUCGUCAUCAUUUCAGUGGUGGAUGAACAGAACCGACACACGCAGGUCCAGAGGAUGUCGUCCUCGUCCUCCAUCAAAAGAGAGAACAGCGAGGAGCUGAAGGAUGCUGAGCCACGUCAAGGAAGCUUAAGUCCGACCUCCCCAAUCGUCCUCGAGAAAGCAGAGAGCAUCAACACCGUCACCUUCAACGAAGACUCUGUACAAUGUUCAGAGAAGUGUGUGAUGAACAACUACUUUGGCAUCGGCCUGGACGCCAAGAUCUCCCUGGAGUUCAACAACAAGAGAGAUGAGCACCCGAAAAAAUGCAGUAGUCGCACCAAAAACAUGAUGUGGUACGGAGUACUGGGAACCAAAGAGCUGGUCCAGAAGACGUACAAGAACCUGGAGCAGAGAGUUCAGCUGGAGUGCGACGGUGUUCCCAUGUCUCUGCCGAGUCUGCAGGGCUUGGCUGUGCUCAACAUCCCCAGUUAUGCAGGCGGUAUCAACUUCUGGGGAGGCACCAAGGAGGAUAACAACUUCGGAGCUCCGUCAUUUGAUGAUAAGAAGUUGGAGGUGGUGGCGGUGUUUGGCAGCAUGCAGAUGGCCAUGUCCAGAGUCAUCAACCUGCAGCACCACCGCAUCGCGCAGUGCCGUCAGGUCAAGAUCACCAUCCUGGGGGAGGAGGGGGUUCCUGUGCAGGUGGACGGAGAGGCGUGGAUCCAGCCGCCCGGUAUCGUCAAGAUCGUCCACAAGAACCGGGCACAGAUGCUCACCAGAGACAGGGCGUUCGAGAGCACCCUGAAGUCGUGGGAGGACAAGAGGAAGAUCGACAGCUACCGCGCCACCAGGCCCCGCCUCAACUCCCAGCAGUCCAUGGAGUACCUGACCGAGGAGGAGUGCGCUCAGGUUCAGCAGCUGGGCAUGGUGGCCGACACACUCAUCAACAAGAUUCGUGAGGCAGCCAAGACCCACAAGCUGGUGGAGCAGGAGCUGGCUCACGCCGUCAACGCCACCGCCCUCGUGCUUACUGAGGCCAAACUGUCCAACUCUGAGGGUCUAAGUCGCAGCACAGCUGUGGAAAUCGUCAACAGCAGUAAAGUUCUCCAGGCUGAGACCAAGAUGCUGCUCGAUGGAAAACUACUGUCGGAGUCUCUAGAGGAAGAGGAGCUUCGGUCGACUCUGAACAGCCUCAGCGCCGAGCUUCACAAGCUGGACGACAUCCACUGGAUCUGCCCGCUCAUGCAGUGCUCUGAGGAGGUGGGGAGGGAAAUGGACUCGGUGAGAAGCAGCAGUAAGAGCAGCAGCAGUAUGAAGCUGAAGAUUAUACCCAAGGGGAAGAAGGAGAGAGAGAAGCUCCACAAGCAGAAAUCCAACAGCUCUCUCUCAGGAGCUUGGGAUAUCAAAGGUGGGGUUGGUGAGGCAGACUCCUCGGGCAAUUGACCUGCAUGAAGUGCUUUAUUACUGCCCCCAUUACCCUGAAAAGGGGUGAGGAGCACCCCUCCUGUUCUCCUCUCCUCUAACCACGACGCCCAGAGGCUUGACAGAGGUGUGAGGAAGAAAAGGAAAACCAUCUUCCCAACUUUUAUGCUAUUUCCUCCCUGUUUUCCUUCUUCUCUUUUUUUCUGCGAACAGGGAGGAUUUUUUUUCUUGUUUUUAUUUAAUAUUUUGAAGGGGCUUGUCUUUGCAUCGCUUCACCAUUGGCGUUCUGCUUUUGGUUCCGUUUACCUGCUUUGAGCUAGGAAGUGGGUGUGAUUGCAAAUCAAACAGUGGACAAGGGAGACGUGGAACGACUGCGUUCUUCUCGCAAACUUUUUUUUUUUUUUUUGGACAAAGAAAUGUGUUUACGUGGUGCUCUCCUUGCAUGUUGAGUGCAGCCAUCUUAUUUUAUAUCUGUUAUUAUUAGUUGUUACAAUAUUUUAAUUUUUUCUCUCUCUAACUUUAGUCGUUUUAUUUCAGAACUUACGAAUCCUUUAGACCUUGAUUUUUCUUGAGACUUUCUAAGAGUAUUUAUUUCUUGUUGCUACUGCCAUGAGAACUCCAACGGCAACAAAUCAACAAAAUGAACAAACUGAAACAUCUCAACCUUAUCGUCUACUGAACUGGAGAAUCUUAAAUGUUGCAAAAAAUAUACUGAGGAAUGUACUUGUGUGGACUUGUAUUAACCUGUGAAUAAUGAUAAUGUUAAAUGAUAAAUCAUAUAUGAUUUCACAAAGGUUCUAUUGUUGUGGUUCAAAGUGGUUCUUAAUAGGCUGUUGUGUGACUUGUGUGGUCUGAGGCUAUGCAGCUGUGCUGCAAAAAUAAUGUUCUUUAUGAUGAGUCAUUUCAUCUGGAUUUCAGCCUUGUAGGAUUUUAAAGUAUGGUACAUCACUUGAUUAUUAUCUAGCUCUAAAAUUUGACUUAUGUGGGAGUCAUUUUUUCACUUCUUUUUUUUUUUUUUUUUUUUGGAGAACCAUUUCAAGGUACAGUACCAGAUGAAGUGACUCAAUAAGUCUGAUAUUUUUGGCAGUGAACGAUGAGGGUGUUUACAGAAGGAGGAAGCAUCAAGGACACAUUAACAAAACAUUACAGCUACUCAGCAUAUUACUCCUACUUUGCCAUACUCUUGAUUGUAUAUGUAAUAUAAGAAUAAGAGUCAGUGGAUAUUUGAUUUUGCCUUGUCUGUGGUUAAAAGCUAUUAUUAUCAUUAUUAUUACAAAUAUAUAUCUAUUUUUUUGUAUAUCUUAUUUUCCCAAUGGUAACCUGUGAAGCUGUCCUGGCUUUGCUGCUUCCCCCUGACAAACUCCUUGGCCACUGUGCAUAUAAUCAAAGCCAAUUAAUGCUGUUCUGUGUGUCCCUGCAUGCAUACUUAGCCUUCCUUCGCCUCACAGUGGGAGCUGAAGUUGCCUCAUAAUAGUGAAGUUUAGCCUUUUUGUUACAACCAGUGGCAUUUGUGAGUAUUUCUCUUUGUUUUAACCUGCUUGUCGCUUCAGAUUGUUGGAGUUUAACUGCGAGAGAACAUUGGAGAAAUAUUUUAGCCUCAAAAAAAACAAAAAAACAAAAAAAAACAAAACAUAAAUGUCAGACACUUUGCUGUGUUGUCCAAACUUCAUGAGAGUGUGUGCUUUACACCUUUUCUGCCCACAGAAUUCUCCAAGCAGGUUAUAACAAACAGCAAGACUUGUUUUGGCCUAGUUACAAUCAAAAGAAGUGCUCAAAAUAAUCUUGGAUACAUGUGCUGCUGUUUGGACAUGGCUAAAACACUGACGUUUACGACUUCUUGAGACAAUUUCUACCCAGGUUUUACAGUAAUGAUCCUUUAAGGAAUACACUAGUAUUUUCGGAAAUCACUAUUUGCUGUAUUUCCUCAAGACAGACGAGAAGAGAAUAAGGCUCCAGUUUGUGAGCCAACUGCUUGUUAAACCAUAUUAUCUUUUACUGCAGGUCUUAAGUAUACACAUACAGUAAAUAAGACAACUUUUUGUGGUUGAAAGGCACCUUUGACUGAGCUUGGCUAGCUGCUUUCAAUGCUCAUGUCAUAAGCUAGGCUAAACAGGUCUUGAAGCUAACUGUGUUCUGAAUGGACAGAGAUUCAUUUUACAGUUCUUCUUAUGUCAGCAAAAAUGUGAAUUAUUGUCAGAGUAUUAAUUUAAAAGUUUUAAUUGCUAGGAUGUAAUAAUGUUCGCCAGUCACAAUUAGACCUGGGUCAAAUAGUAGUUUUGAAUGUUUGUUAAUGGUGCGGAGUUAGCUACGUGAUCUAAACUCUGCGAUAAACUGAAAAACCACAGAGUAGUAUUUUGUUUAAUCAUACACAACCUCUAAUGUUGAUUUAUAAGAUGCAGCUCCGCCAUUUUCAAAACUACAAAACAUUAACAUUGUCAGAAAUGUUCUUUGACUCGGGUCUUAUUUUCAGAUUUGAUAUUAUUACGUCCAUGAGCAAGGUUGUAAACUUGUAAAGGAUCUUUUCUGUGUUCUCCCCUUUCACGUUAAGGGUUGGCUCUUGAUUUUCCCAAUUAUUUCCACAUUUAUCAAACUAAUCCCAAGCUAACCCUUGACGGGGCGGAGUUACUGUGAGGCGUUGUAGAUGUUCAGAUCUGGUAGGAUUGUGCUACUGUAUCCAUAGUGUGCCAGCUAUAUGCUCUACACCUUAGAGGCUUUAGUAGUGUCGUGCCAAGUUUGUACUGAGUUCAGUGGGUUACGAGACAUACAAGGUAUGUGUGUAAGGUUGUGAGAAUGAGUGAGCUAACUGCGCUUCAGAUGCGAAAGUUGUUGUAUGUCGUACAUUUCAAAGUUUACUGUAUCUUGCCUUGCACUUUACAAAGACGCAAACUUAAUGGGGGAAAAAAAGACAUUUUUGUGUACGUGUGCGUGUGUUUACGAUUUCGAGUGUUUACGAGUUUUUUUUUAUUGAUUAAUGACAAAAUCUUUUAUUUAUGAAAAAUGUAUACGGACAAAAGUGUGUUGAUAAAAUGUAAUAUAUCUAACCAAACCAUAAAAGAAUGAUAAAUAUAUAGAGAUAUAUACACAAAUGUUUAUUACAUCAGUGGUUGUACAAUUACUCCCACAGCAGCUUGAGACCUCCCAUUUAACACCAAUGUUAUUCACAUGUGAUUAUGUGUCAUUCCACUGCCACAGCAAUGUCUUUGAAAUGUAUGUCCAAUGUCACACCAAUUGGUAUUGAAAUAGUUUUCUAUCUAAAUUAACCAAUGUUAAAGUUAUUCUAACUUUAAGCCAAAGUUAUUGAAAUUCUCCAAUGUUAUUACAGACUAUUAAUGAAUCGUUUACACAAAAAAAGAUGUCAUGUACAGCUUGUGUUUACUUGGGUGACAUUUUUUGUGUAUCACCUUUGGUUUGAUUAGCAUUUGUUGUACUGAAAAUGAACAUAAGAAUGUUGUGGAAGCCAUUUUAAGAUAAAACUAGUUGCCUAUGUUUGAUGGUAUGUUAACCAAUGAUUUCAUAGUUUUUUUCCUUCUUCUUCUUUUUAAAAUGUCAUGUCACUUUUUUUUUGUUAUAAUAUUUUUUGUCAAUUUUUUUCAAGCUGUAAAAAUGUCAUUUUGGACUGAAACUUUCUCAAGGAGUUGCAAUGGGGCUGAGAGAAAUAAUGACAGCUAAGAAAAAUGAAAGGAACCAAACACUCCACCAUGUUUGUGCAACAGUUUUCCAUAGACAACAUUUGUGAACGCACCCUCCACCCCCACCCCCAAUCUGAACAGCCUAUAUAUCGAGACUGUGCGCAAUGCUGGAAGCCAGACUAGAUGUUGCACGACCUUGUACGUUGCGAGGUGUUUUAUUGUGUUAUCGUGUGCAGUGUGUAACAAAGACAAAGUCAGCGCAAACCUUUCGGAGAUUAAAUGAAAUAUUGAAGUGUGAA